CGAGGAGGCGGGAGAAGCGCGCUGCUCAGUGCCGGGGACGGUGGAGGGGAGCGGAGCUGGUGCUGUCCACGCCGCCGCUGGUGCUGAACCCGGGAGGCGCCGGCCCCGCACGUGGGACUUGUGGAGGGCAGUGCGGGGAGAGGGGGAAGCUCCGGAGUUGCCCCCAAACUGCUCGGCUCCCUCGGCUCUCACCGGCGCGGCUGCGGAUCGUCUUUGCCGGCACACAACUAGCGCUCCCUGCACCUGCCUUGAGCCACGGACGGCGCGGGUCGCUCCUCGGGGACUUACACUGGGUUUUUCUCGUGUCUGGGGGAGCCUCGGAUCAGGAGGAGACCAGUAAGGAUGUAUAUGUGGUGGACAGCUUUUCUAUUUCUUGGAUGCAUUUUGUUGGGAGCAGAAGGGUGGCCAGCCAAGGACUUCAAGCCUUAUCAGCCUCUAGUAAGAUUACGCCACAAGCAAGAAAAGAACCAAGAAAGUUCAAGAAAUAAAGGUUACAUGGGUCAGGAUGGACCUCUUGGAUCUUGUGAAAAUAAAUACUGCGGUCUGGGUAGACAUUGUGUUGUCAAUGGAGAAACUGGCCAAGCUGAAUGUGUGUGCAUGGAACAUUGCAAGCCUCACUACAAACCUGUAUGUGGUUCUGAUGGAGAAUUCUAUGAAAACCAUUGUGAAGUUCACAGGGCUGCUUGCCUGAAAAAGAAAAAGAUUACCAUCGUUCACAAUGAAGACUGCUUCUUCAAAGGGGAUAAGUGCAAAUCUCCUGAAUACAGCAAAGUGAAAAAUAUGCUGCUGGACCUACAAAACCGGAGAUACAUUGCACAAGCAAAAGAAAAAAAUAUAGAAGAUAAAAUAGCUCUAAAGAAAAUUCUGGUGGAUCAGAUGUUUAAUUAUUUUGAUUCUGACAGGAAUGGGCUUGUGGACAGUAAUGAACUAUCUCAGGUAAUAAAACGGGAUGAACUUGGCAAGGAUCUGUCUGACUGCUCUCUGUUCGAUCUGCUGAAAUAUGAUGAUUAUAACAGUGACAAGCACCUAGCUCUGGAAGAAUUCUACAGAGCAUUUCAGGUGGUUCAGUUGAGUCUGCCGGAAGAUCAGAAAAUAAGCGUCACUGCAGCAACAGUAGGACAAAGUGCUGUCCUUAGUUGUGCCAUUCAAGGAACCUUGAGACCUCCCAUCAUCUGGAAGAGGAACAAUGUCAUUCUAAAUAACUUAGAUUUGGAAGACAUCAAUGAUUUUGGAGAUGAUGGGUCCUUGUACAUUACUAAGGUUACCACUACUCACAUGGGAAAUUACACCUGCUAUGCUGAUGGCUAUGAUAAACUGUAUCAAACUCAUAUUCUCCAAGUGAAUGUUCCUCCAGUAAUUCGAGUCUAUCCAGAAAGCCAGGCCAGGGAACCAGGUGUGACAGCUAGUCUCCGAUGUUAUGCUGAAGGUAUCCCCAGUCCACAACUUGGUUGGCUGAAGAAUGGAAUUGACAUUACUCCAAAGUUAUCCAAACAGUUAACUCUUCAAGCAAAUGGCAGUGAAGUUCACAUUAGCAACGUGCGCUAUGAAGAUACGGGAGCAUAUACUUGUAUUGCAAAGAAUGAAGCAGGAGUGGAUGAAGACAUUUCUUCUCUUUUUGUAGAAGAUUCAGCUCGGAAGACCCUUGCAAACAUAUUGUGGCGAGAGGAAGGUCUGGGAAUUGGGAACAUGUUUUAUGUUUUUUAUGAAGAUGGAAUCAAAGUGAUACAGCCAGUAGAAUGUGAAUUUCAGAGGCACAUUAAACCCAGUGAAAAACUCCUUGGGUUUCAGGAUGAAGUUUGCCCCAAGGCUGCAGAGGAUACUAUUCAGCGGUGUGUGUGGGCAUCUGCUGUUAAUGUAAAAGACAAGUUCAUUUAUGUGACUCAGCCCACUUUCGAUAGAGUGCUCAUUGUUGAUGUACAGUCUCAAAAAGUUGUGCAGGCAGUAAGUACAGACCCAGUACCAGUGAAGCUGCACUAUGACAAAUCACAUGAUCAGGUAUGGGUGCUCAGCUGGGGAAGUAUGGAAAAGAAUUCACCAACUCUGCAGGUAAUAACACAGGCCAGUGGAAGUGUUUCUCACCACACAAUCCAUACGCAGCCAGUGGGAAGGCAGUUUGAUAGAGUGGAUGACUUUUUCAUUCCUAGUACAACCCUCAUCAUUACCCAUAUAAGGUUCGGAUUUAUUCUUCAUAAAGAUGAGACUGUACUCCAGAAAAUUGAUCUUGAAACUAUGUCAUAUAUCAAGACAAUUAGUUUAAAGGAUUAUAAUUGCAUUCCUCAGUCUCUGGCUUAUACACAUCUUGGAGGAUAUUAUUUUAUCUGCUGCAAGCCUGAUACCACUGGGGCUAUUCUACCACAGCUUAUAGUGGAUAGUGUUACUGACAGUGUGAUUGGAUAUAAUGGUGAUGUGACAGGCACCCCAUAUAUCUCUCCAGAUGGGCACUACCUUGUCAGCAUUGAUGAUGUAAAAGGUCUCAUGAAGGUCCAGUCCAUUACAAUUAGAGGAGAAAUCCAGGAUGCAUUUGACAUUCACACUAACUUGCACAUAUCUGAUGUGGCUUUUCAGCCAUCGUUUACUGAAGCCCAUCAGUACAAUGUCUAUUGUAGCUCCAGCUUGCAAACGGAUGUGUUGUUUGUAGAGCUCUCCUCUGGCAAAGUUAAGAUGGUGAAGAGCCUUAAGGAGCCUAUUGGGGCAGAAGAAUGGCCUUGGAACAGUAAGAACCGGCUUAUCAAGGACAGCGGUCUCUUUGGCCAAUACCUUAUGACACCUUCCAAGAAAUCCCUCUUUAUCCUGGAUGGACGGCUCAACAAGUUAAAUUGUGAAAUCACUGAAGUUGAGAGAGGCAACACAGUAAUUUGGGUUGGAGAAGCAUAAGGAACCAUGCUAGAUAAUAAUGGAACAAAAUAGUUUUACAGUACAUUGCACUUAACACCAUUCUUUAAAUUUCCAGUUUUCCUUUGAAAUGAUUAGACCCUUCUAUAUUUGUCAUUGUUUUGGCUAAGAUACAAGUUGGUAUACACUUUAACAUAAAAGAUACUAAAGAUACUAAAAGUGGAAUUUCUCAGCAAAAAUAUCUACUACUAAUGACCAGCUAAGAUUGCAUUAAUUGAUUGGAUUCAGUAUAGAAAAUUAUGCUUAAUAUCUUAAUAGGCCAAUUCUUAAAAUCUCAUUAUAAAAAAAAAAAAUAGAAUAGAAUAGUUUAAAGAAGUAAAAAAAAAAUCAAAUCUUCAGGGAAUAUCAAAUGUCUCGGUAUGAUCCAUUGCACAUUAAAAAAAAAUCACUCUAAUUUUGAUUUGGUUUGCUUUGAAUAUGAAAUAAGAGGUGUUGUGCAACUUUAGACUUCUUAAACUGAAAUGUUCUGUCCUGUCCUGUCCACUGUUUAAUCUUUUUGUGCCUUGAAGGGAAUGUCUCACAAGGAAGUGGAAGAGUAAAAAUUGUAUACUUUAUUCCCAUUGUGGCUACAGGAUUGCUUGUCACAGAAAAGAAGCAUUUAGUAUCUCACGUUUUAGUCUCAAUCAGGUUGUGGAACAUAUUAAGGAAAAAAGGGAAAAUUAUAUUUGCAAUGUCUUCUGUAUUGCUUUUUGAUCACUACAGUUUGAGAAGUUUAUUUUUAUUGUGAGUUUUAGUUCAGAUGCUGUCACUUGCUUGCAGAAGUUUUAUCUUUUUUUUUUUUUCUUUGCAGCAAUAGGUGUUAGGCUUUUUCAGAUUUCAUAGGGUUGCAUCAAGAGGGAGUUUCAGUUCUACUAAAGAGAAACAUCAUGUGAUCUGCUUAAAAUAAAAUACAUUUUUGUCAAACAUGAAGCUUCACUGGCAAGAAAACUUAUUUGAAAAAAAAAAUGAACAGGUAUUCGUUUUAAAGAACUAGCUAUAGAACGCAGAGAACUGGAUUUAAGAUUACAACCUGGGGAUAGAAUUUUUGCUUAUGAGUUAUGGCAUUUACCUAUACUUCCUGAAUCUUUUUGAGUAGCUCAAUAAGUUGUUCAUUCUACUCGCCCAAUUGGAUUACACUUGUAAAACAAACUCUCCUUCUGUAUUAUUUUUUAAUUUUUUAAAAACCUCUUUCUCUAAUUGUGGACAUUGCUUACACAUCUAAAUGGGAUAAGAAUUUAGAACAAUAACAGAUAGUAAAAUCGGAAAAAAAAAUACAGGGAUGUGACUAAUUGAAGCCAGCAGAAAAAAAAACUAUCCAGACUUGUGGUAAUGUCAGAAAUAUUUGGAGAUAAUUUUAUUUUGCUAAACAAUGCUAUGGGCUCUCAAACUGACCUCCAUUUACUAAGGCAAUCAGAAAAAAAAAAUCUUUUUUAAAUACAAUUUUACUUCAGUUUAGAUUGUGUAAAAUUGCUUAGAAACCUGAAAUUUUCUAGCAUUGUAAUCUUGUGUGUAUUUAGCAUCCUGCGCUGUGUGAUACAGUAGAUCUCUCUUUAGCUUGAAAAUAAAUAACUUCCUGGCAGGUAGAUUUAAUUAAAAUUAAAAUCUGCAUACAUUUCUAGUUACUGGAUCUGUUUUCCCUUCUAACAAGUUUUCUCAUUGUAAACAAGAACCAUGUAAGUUGUCUGUUACUCAGUUUUUACAGUAAUUUGUCUCUUAUGCUUUUUUUUCCUUCUGUAACCAACACCAUGUGGAUGUUCUGUAUGUAGAUAAUGCUUGACAAAAGGAGAAUAAACCCCGUACAUUUUAAAAA